UUAUAAAUAUGUUUUUAAGGAGCAGACAUACUUUGGGAAAGUGCUUUAUUUGCCUAUUUCUGGUCAUAUUAGCAGUUAAUUUUUGGCUCAGCCCUCGCAAGCCCUCGUACCGCCUCAAGGAUUUUGAAAAGCUAAGAUUUCCUCUUCAGCAGAAUGGAGAAUACUGGAUCUACCAAGACUUUAUCAGGGCAGAGAGCCACAACGUAGGAUAUAAUCAAAGUAUAACGUUGACCUCUCAUGGAACCUACAGGGAUCUCAGGAAUCUGGAAUGGCUAAAUGUUCGUUGGGAGGCUCCAAUCAGUCUUGCCGUUUUUGUGUUUCAAAACGACUUUAAAAAGGUUAUGGCCAGGCUAAAUUACCUCAGGUAUUGUACGGUUACUAGAUCCAGUUUCAGGAGAUGGGUUUCUGUCCACUUGGUCAUACCCCAAAACCAUGUACCCGUGAAUCUUCGCAACAUCGAUGCUAGUGGAUCUUUUGGAUCUCUGUGCAGGGUACCUUUUGAAACUCCUAGAAGACAGGAUUCUUUUUUGUUGAAAACUCAUACAAGAUAUCCCUCUAGUCUUCUCAAGAAUGUGGCCCGUUGGAAUGCUAAAACCUAUUAUACUUUUAAUUUAGAACUUGAUAUUCUACCCACAAAGCACUUGGCCAAAAACUUUAUGCAAUUUAUAAAACAUCAAAGCUUGAGGCAACCUCUUAAAAGCGUUUUCUGUUUGCCAAUUUUCGAGCAACCUAUGGAUAUUACGAUUUUUCCAAGGUCCAAGUCUGAUCUUAGAGCUUCUUUUGAAGGAUCUUUAUGGGAGAAAACAAGUCAAGAAAAGGAUAUACAUCUCUGGUUAAAUAGCCAAGGAAAAGAUGAUGAAGUUGGCAUAUACCAAUUGACACACGAGUCGAGGUUUUGCGAGGCCCAUAUAGGCAUAAAUUCCCAUUUGCCAUUUUAUGAUCAGCAAAGUGACGAUUAUCCUUUUUUAAACAAUAAUCUACAGGUAUGUCCUGUUUACCCCGUCAUUUAUUAAAGGCAAACAGUUAAUCGCUCUAUCCACAGCUGCAACUACUUGUUGGUCUGAAAUUCGACUUUGUAAUUCUGGAUGGAGUAUUUCUAAUUCGCCGACGCACAGUGCAGACACAACUUCUCUACCGGAACACAUUUGCGCCAAAGAAAUUAAAUCAAGUUGGCAACUUAAUGAAGUUGAACUCGUUAGUCCUGUGGCCAGAGACGGAGUGAUAUUUUGGGUUAAUUUUGAUACUAAAGAAAGGCAACGUCGAAAUACAAACGUCGCUAUAUCUUUUCUGGCACUUAAUCAAUUUGUGGGCUCUGUCCUUUGGCUUCCAUUCUUCUCCUUUUUAUAAUACCAUUAGUUGAACCCGAGUCUUAGUUGUCUCUUGGCGCAAUUUUUCAUUUUUCCCUCGCUCUGCCCCCUGGUUGCCCCCUUGUGGCAUGCCGAAGACGCUCCAAAGAUAAGGAUUGGGUUUUCCUUGUGGCCGCAUGUUUGCGGCAAGGAAAGGAAACUUGAGGAGGCAUUCUGCAUCCUGUUCCUGAAUCCUUCCCUCCUGCCUUGAAACUUUCGCCAUAGAUACUGAGCAGUUGAGCUAUCUUUUUCUUUGUAUUAUUGGGAAACGAGUUAAUUGGCAAAUGGACAGGAAGUAAUUAAAGGCCGAUCUCUCUACAGUGAUUAAUCCAAGAUUAUUUGGGUUUUAAAGUUUUCGAUUCCGCCGUAAUUUCAGCAACAAUUUGAUUAUUCCGUGCAGCAAUGUAAGUUUAUUCCUGUGCCAUUCGUUCAAAUGGGAAGCCCGCCAUUAUUAAUUAGCAACGCCACC